GUGCAGCGCAGCAUUCGCCGGUGCACUGUGUCCCUCGAACAAAGCGGAUCACGGAAAGAGCUGAAGAUGUCGGCUCGGUCAUGUGAUCAGCUGUGUCCAAUCACAGCUGAUCACAUGGCACUGAUGAUCAGUGUGCCCUGAUGAUCAGUGUGGCCCCAGAAGUGCCACCUGUCAGUGUCCAUCAGUGCCAGCAGUCAGUGCUCAUCAAUGCCACAUGCCAGUGCCCAUCAGUGCCACAUAUCAGUGCAUACCAGUGCCCAUCUGAGCUGCCUUUCAAUGUCACCCAUCAGUGCCAGUCAGUGCCACCUAUCAGUGCUGCCAAUCAGUGCCACCUAUCAGUGCUGCCAAUCAGUGCCACCUAUCAGUGCCAGUCAGUGUCGCCUAUCAGUGCGCAUCAG